GAUGCUGGAGAAGCGCUCGACGAGUCUGUCGCAUUCACGCCAACCGUGCUUGCACAUAGAGCGCGGGAGUCAGCAACAUCAUCUCCAGGUUCCGCAGGCGCCGGGCUAGCAAUUCGGAAUGCGAAACCACCUCCUUCGUCGACUCGUCACCUGCGGACUAUAUCCUUUCCCGCUGUUGGUGGGGAAACCAGCUCCCCAGCUGUUCAUGAACGUGGCGAGUCGGCUUCUGGCUAUGCUUCGGACAUAGUGGGACCAGCAAUGGGAAAUAGUCCAAGGUACACUCAAGGAAGACCGGACCCUCUUGUUUUUGCGACCCCUGGGUCAGUGGGACGGGCUGGUCAAUUGCAUUCGGGUCGAGAAUCUCUCGAUAUGCAAAGACCCACUGAGCGAGCAUCCCCUGGAACAUCCACUUCUCCUCCAUCGAAUGCUCCUCGAGGUCAGUCGGGAGCAAGCCCUCGCGCUGACGGGACUCGUCGGCCGUCU